CAGACGCGCCAUAAUUUAGUUAGGAAAAAAAGCCACACAGGGAUAUGCAUCUCCACGGAGCUACUUCUUUACAGUCCCGUGCUGGUGCAUCCAUACAUAAGGCAAAGUGCCCCCGUUCCUCACCCGUCUAAUGAGGAGCGCAUACUUGCAAAAGAUUUUAAGAAACUUUGUAAAAGGGACCCCCUGCGACGCGCCCUGAAAUAGAGUCCACCCGUUUGACGUCGUCACAAAGAAGAAGCAGAUUUAAGCGAGCAUCGAAGGGACACUUUAUGCUGUCUAGUAAAGAUUUUUUUUUUUUUUCCUUCUUCUUCCUCCCAUGUGAAAAAGCUGCCAUAUUAUUUUUUUUUUUUUUUUGCACGCCCCACCUGUGCAGACGAGGCGACCCCAAUCGGCUAGUCCUCCACGGUGACGCACACCCCCGAUUCUUCUCUUGCGUGAUUUCACUUUUUCUUGAAGCGCAACAAGUACGCACAGCCGCGAAUGGCCAUAAGAGAAAACAAAGAAAUAGGCUUGCCAUUUUUUUGUCCUCGAGGGGGAUAGCAAUUCGUGUUAUUCUGUUCACCUGGUUGAGGGCACAUUUAGGAAGCUACAUUUACUUGUGCCCAUUUGGGGGGUCUGCAAAAAUAAUCCCCGCGUCUUCCCCUUCUUUUCGAGAACCAUUCACCUGUGCAAAAUUGGAAGUUUUCGUCUCGGUUCUUUUGCUUUUUAGAGUGUCCCGCGAAGGGCACGCGGAGAGGGAAUCAGUUUCUCCAAAAGGGGAGGACAAUUAGCUGCUCAGGUUAGCGGCACAGAUUGGCCGAACAAGUUAGCGACUCAGAUCAGCGCCCCGAGUUAACACCCCAGACAAACGCCGAGCGGACGAACGAAAUGGUCACCAAGGGCGGCGCGAAGAAGAAGGCAAAGGUGAGGGCCUACGACAUUGAGGAGUCCAAAAAGAUAUUCCUAUACGCCUACGAACACCAACUGAAAAAUGAAAAGGUUAACUGGAAAAGGGCAGAGGAGUCCAAAGUGACCAGCCACAGUGCGAGCUCGAUGAGGAGUCACUACGUGAAUUGCAUAAAACAUGAAGUGUCUUUGUACCUGGAGAUGUACUCAGAGGAAGUUGCUAAGCUAUUUAACAAAGUGAAGAAGUGGAAAAAGGAAGAAAAAAAAAAAAAAAUGAUCCUUUUUCAGAGCAGCUCGCUGGUGAAGCAGAGGUCCAAUAUUUCUCUAGACAGAGUAACCAAGGGGAAAAGCAAAAACUAUAACAAAUUUAAUUCGCUUAUAAUUAGUAAAGCCUUUUCCAUGAAGGGCAACCGCAGCGUGAGUAGCAAGCAGAACUGCUCCAUCAACAGAAGAAACGUGGCCACUGCGAAUAAGAAGAAGAGCAAAAAGGACACGACCGUUUGCUCCAGUGCUUCUGCUACCGCGAGCGGUGGCAGGACGAAGGGCCAGCCGGGAGCACCCAAAAGCAGCCUCAAGAAGAAAAAAAUAAAGAAAGUAAAAUUUGCACAAAAAGAUCCCCUUGCAGUCAAGGAUAAAAAAAUAGACAAAAAAAUAGACAAAAAUGUGGCCAAAAGUGCGGCCAAAAGUACGGCCAAAAAUGCGCCCAAAGGUGCUGCCAAAAACGCGGCCAAAUGUGUAGCCAAAAUUGCGCUCCAAAACAACGCAAUCCCUAGCAGCAAUGUAGAAAGAACAAAUAACCCCCCCAAUAAUUCGUUCAAUACAGAUAUGAGUGAUAAGACGGAAAAAAGGAAAAGCGAAAAGGAACGGGGGAAGCACACGCGAGUGUCCGAAAAUUACCAAAUGGAAGCAAAGGACAUAUCCCAAGGGAGCACCGAAAGUAGGCAUGUUAAAAAAAAGGUAAAGGAGGAGAAUGAAACGCAAAUGAACGUAGACGGAACGGUUCAUUGCCAACGAGGGAGCAACGCAUUGAACGAAGUGGGCCACAUAAAAAUACCUGGCGAAGAGCACCUGCACCAGAAGUACCAUCUCGAGUCUAGGCCAGCAAAACGGCACAGCGAUAAAAAUUCUCCCCUUCAGAGCAGAGCGAAGAGGGGCAAACACUACGCAGCUAACUGCAACUCGAAGGAGUUCAUCAGGACUAGUAAGCCAUACGACACGAAAAUGUCAAGUGGAAACGUUAGGGAGGGGAAAAGAAGUUCCAUCAGCUCUAUUUUUGGGUACAUUUACGAUAAAAUAUUCCGCUGA